UUGUUUUACGAUAAAAACUAUUUCAUUAAUUUUUUUUUUUUUUUUUUGACUAUUUUAUUAUAUAGAACUUUUAGUACACCGACAAACACAACAUUUGACAUAAUUGAUUAAUUACGGCUCCCCACGAGGCACAACUCCCCACUCUUCCCUAUAUAAAAAAAUGAAUUUAGAGAAUUUAACGUAGUCUUCUUUAAAAGAAUCCAAUAUGCGUAACAUAGUUUUUUUCAUUAUUCUCUACAAAAUAUUUUACAUAACUUCUAUAUUUGGUCGACCAGCAGAUAAUACAGCAUAUGUGAAAGAAGAAACCUUCGAUAAUAUAUUUCAAGCGGCCCAUAAAUGUCAUAGAUUUCUUGAAGACUGUAUGAGAAAGGCAGAUUUUAAACUUGAUGUACAAAACAGAUGUUUUGAGAUGUGCGUAACAGAAUUGAGCGAAUCAAAAUUUAUUUGUAACAAGAAUGCAGAUAUUAAAUAUUGCCAUCAUGACUUAAAUGAUAAUUAUUAUUUCUACAAUGUAAACUAGCGUUAUUAACAUGCACCAGACAAUAAUUAUUAAUGUUAAUGAAUUUACAUGUUAAUUAAUUGCAAAUAAAUUAAAUGUUAAUAAUUUAUUAACGAAAUUAUUUUUUUCUUUGAAAAUUAAUGCUAAAUAAAUGUAUUAUAAAUUUUAAUGAAAUAAAAUAUUUACUAUUCAAAAUUA